CUAAACCAACCCCAGGGGUGGCCUUUCAGGGUGGGAUUGACACAGCCCACCCAGCCCUGCCUCAGUCUCCCCUCCCCUGUACCCCAAGAUCAGUGUCCACUGGGCAGCGUCGUGGCCAUGAAUCUCUUGCAAGAUUGGUGUAAGGAGCUGGCGGUGGAGGUCCACAGGGCCCUACUGGUCACGGGCAUCCCGGAGAGCCUGCUGCAAGAGGACAUCGAAGCCACCCUGCGCCCCAACCUGCUGCCCCUGGGCAGCUACCGGCUUCGGGCUGUGAGAGCCAUGGGGAAGCAGAAGGCCCAGGCAGCCCUGGUGGAGUUUGGGGACGAGCUGGAUCACUCGGCCGUGCCCAGGGAGAUCCGGGUGGAGGAUGAGGUCUGGGCGGUCCUGGGUAAGGACCGUGGGCAGGACGCGCGGGUCCUCAGACAGAUGAGGCGUCUGCUGCUGGAUGAAAGGCCCACGGAUGACUUCAGGGAGCUGGCCGUCCCUGUAGCCUUGGCAGGGGCGGGUCAAGCCCAGGGAUCCUCGGGGCAGGACGUCAAUAAGGCCGGCUCCUCUGGAGGGCCAGCUAAGGAUGGCCGUCGGGGACAUCAUCAUCGUCGGGGAGGCAGGCAACGAUCCCGAAGCCACCAGAAGGGCAAGAAGCGAGGCCGGGGAGGGAGGCGAGCCAGGAGUGAGUCGGAGGACUCUUCCGCAGACAGCCUGGGUAUAGUGAUCGAGGAAAUCUAUGCGGAGGACCUGAGCGUGGACGAAGACCAAAGGGCCCUGUACGCCACGCUCCAAGCUGCUGCCAAAGAGCUGGCCAAGAAGUGGGCCCACGGCGGAGACCAGGACGAAAGGGAGAGCCCCCGUGAGUUUUUGGCUCUGGUCACUGUCACUGACCGAGCCAGCAAGGAGGAGACGGAGAAGGACCAGCCGCAGACAGAGGCCAUCCGUUUGAACAUCAAAGAUGAAAAGAGCACUGUCCCCGACUUGGUGGCGCUGCUGGCUGUGAGAGACACCCCGGCAGUGGACACGGACGGCGACGAUUCUUGUUCAGACAGCGAAUCUCUGGCGAGUGGGGAGCAAGGUCCAGAAGAGGCGGAGAACCCCGAGUUCGUGGCCAUUGUGGCCUACACAGACCCCUCUGACCCCUCGGCCAGGGAAGAGAUGUUGAAGAUCGGGUCCGUCAUCGAGACCCUGGGCUGGGGGGACCCGAAACACAAAAAAGAUGUCCUUCCCCAAGUCUUGUCGGUCAUGUCCAAGGACAAGUCUGGACCGCGCGUGAAGGUGGAGGAGGCGGGCCGUCAGGUGGACGCCGUGGUGUUGAGGCAGGCCCAGGAGGACGGGGACCUUUUGGAAUGCAUCUCCACGUUGGCUGAAGCAGAGGGGUGUCCCAAGGGGAAGAAGAGCCCACUGGGCCUUCUCAGGGGCUGGAGCGCCGAGGGUCACCAGGGUGGCCUCCUGGAGCUGGUGGCCCUCCUGGCCGCGCAGGACAUGGUGGAGGCCGUGGAGGACGAAGAGGCCAGCAGGUGGAAAGGCGCGCGAUGCAAUCAUGGCAGCGGUGGCCUGGCCGAGGUGCUGGCUUUCCUCGCCUCCCGCGGGCAUCUGGAGUCGCAAGAAGAGUCCGCGGAGGAGGAGGAUUCGAGCUCCGCAUCCGAGGACGAGUCCGAGGAGGAGGAUGAGGAGGACGGCGGGAGCGACGAGUCGGAGCCCGCGGAUAGCGCAUCCAAGAAGCCCCGGGCCAAGCGAGCGCGCACCGGCUCCAAGAGCCAGGCCCAGGCGGGCGCGGCCACCCAGGCUCCGGCCGCCACGUCCCGAGCCCGCAGAGCCCGCAGGGGCGGCCGGGCCAUCAGCCCCGAGAAGAAGGCCGCCGGGAGCGGGCCUUCCACCGAGGAGCACGCGGGAAGCAAGAAGCAGCAGCAGAAGAAAAAGAAGAAGAAGAAGGGGUUCCCCGGCACCGGCACCCAGGCCAGGGUCGGUGACCCCAAGGGACAGCCAGCCGCUGUCCCCAAGUCCACGCCGGGGAAGAAAGCGCGGCGGGGUCCCAGGCGGACCCCUAAGUGCCGCUAGUGGACAUGUCAGUCGUCACCGCUGCCAGCGAGCCCUGGUCCACGUGUGGAAGGUCCUCCCCUCCCUUCUCGGUCUGUCUGUCUGUCUCUCCCCUCCCCCCUUCCGCGCUCUCUCUUCUCCCUGUAUCCCUGGCGCCUGCCGAGGCGUCUUUCUCGCUUAACCGCGUGCUUUUGUGGCGCGCUCCGCUGCAUCCCUCAGCUGGGUUUGGUGGGUGCCUAACAUUCCUUUCUCAGUCCCAUGAGCAGAUGGUGCCCGGCGGCGGUGAUCGGGGUGGCAGAAGCCCGGACAAGUAAAAACAGAAAGAAAGAGAGACAGACAGACAGACAGACAGACACGACACCAGGCUGGACGUGGGUCCGCGGGGAUAUGCCGAAGGAGCUCGGCCUGGGUAGCUUCCAGAAGCCCAGCGUGAGUGUGGGAUGACAUCUACCACCUGUGCCAGCCAGCGGCUGGAAGCCACUGGGAGCCCUCGCCCAACCUGGCUGGGCCUGGGGGAGAGAUGCACCGGGUGUUAGGGCCCAUAGUUGGCAAAGGAAAGGCUGGGGGGGGGCUGUAUAUGUGUGAGUG